AUUUCAAUUACAUCACAUGUCAUUGUUGAACAAUCAUUCUGGGAUAGAAGCAGAAGCUGGAUGUGAUGAAGCUGGUCGCGGUUGUCUAGCUGGUCCGGUAUUUGCUGCAGCUGUGAUUUUACCUAUGGAUUUCUACCAUCCAGACAUAAAUGACUCCAAACAACUGAACGAAAAACAAAGGCAAGCACUCCGUAAAAUUAUAGAACAAGAAGCAAUUUCAUUCGCUGUAGCGAAAAUGGAAGUGGAUGACAUAGAUAAAUAUAACAUCUUAUGGGCAUCCGUCAGAACUAUGCACAAAGCUUUGGACAAAUUGGCUGUAAAGCCACAAUACAUUAUCGUAGAUGGCAAUAAAUUUUUACCAUACAAAAAGAUAAAACACGAUUGCAUCAUCAAAGGUGAUGGAUUAUAUACAAGCAUUGCAGCGGCAUCUAUUUUGGCAAAAACAUACAGAGACGAUCAUAUGAUAAAACUGCAUAAAAAGUGGCCACAAUAUAACUGGGAAAAAAAUAAAGGCUAUCCAACUUCGGAACAUCGGGAAGCAAUCAUCAGCUAUGAGCACCUUGCAGUGCAGCAAGCAGCUAGAGAAUUUACUCAACAAGAGCUGCUGCCAGGUGUUAUUGAUAGAGAUAGAGAAAUGAAACACCCUACGACCCAAGUACAAAAGAUGGGCGAGAUGGGCUUCCUUGGUAUGAUGGUCUCUCCAGAAUAUAAUGGUGGCGGUAUGGAUACGAUAUCAUAUGUCUUGGCGAUGGAAGAAAUCAGCAAGGUAGAUAGCUCUUGUUCGGUCAUCAUGUCGGUCAAUAACUCCUUGGUUUGUUGGGGAUUGGAAACCUUCGGUACAGAAGAACAAAAACAAAAAUAUCUGACAAAACUGGCAGCUGGUGAAAUCAUUGGCUCCUUUUGCCUAUCAGAACCAGAAGCGGGAAGUGAUGCUACCAGCCAAAGAACAACUGCUAUAGACAUGGGAGAUCAUUACAUCAUCAAUGGUACUAAAAACUGGAUAACAAAUGGUGGAAAGUCAUCAAUCCACCUAGUCAUAGCGCAAACAUAUCCUGAAAAAGGACAUCGAGGUAUAAAUGCACUUAUCGUAGAGACAGCCUGGGAUGGUGUAGUCAUAGGCGCAAAAGAAGAUAAAUUGGGAAUCAGGGCAUCAGAUACACAUACGAUUAUGUACAACGAUGUAAAAGUACCUAAAUCAAAUAGAAUUGGUGAAGAUGGUUUUGGCUUCAAAUUCGCCAUGAAAGUACUAUCAGGUGGCAGGAUCGGUAUCGCAGCGCAAGCCCUCGGUAUCGCAGCAGGUGCCUACGAACUGGCUGUAAAAUAUUCGAAGGAACGAGAAGCAUUUGGCAAACCUAUCAGUCAGCAUCAAGCCAUCGCUUUCAAACUCGCCGAUAUGGCCACAGAAAUAGAAGCUGCCAGACUGCUAGUAUAUCGUGCUGCAUGGAUGAAAGAUCAAGGCAUGGAUUAUACAUCGGCUGCUGCAAUGGCAAAACUUUUUGCAUCU